UCAAUCAGAGUUUCAGACUCUCAGAGCGUCGUCAAGCAGUUCGGUAUUAACAUGCUAACCCGGGAAUGUUUACCGAUGAAAAACGGAAAACCAAACAACGGAAACUGUAGGAAAUACCCUUCUGUGAGCGCAGAUCAGCCGCAGAGACUGAUGGGAAACUGAGGAGAAAGUUUAAAACUUUUUAACACACUCCUUUCAGCCGUCUGCUAGCUCCAUCGCUAGCCUACCCAUGGCUAACUGAGCUGUUAGCGCUUUAAAAAGUUUCUGAAGCUAGCCGGUAGAGGUGAGAGAGACCAGGCAUUAGACGGACCCAUGACAGUGGAAGGAGUCCGGCACUCCCCGGUACUGUCUGCCCUGUUCAGGAUGACUGCAGAGGACCCUGAGCUGCAGGGAGCCGCGCAGUUUAUCAAAGAGCGUCUGUAUUUUGCGACGUUGCGCAGUAAACCUAAAAGCACCGCAAACACUCACUACUUCUGCACCGACGACGAGUUCCUCUAUGAAAAUUUCUAUGCAGACUUUGGUCCUCUCAAUCUGGCCAUGUUGUACCGAUACUGCUGCAAACUCAACAAGAAGCUCAAGUCGUUCACUCUGACCAGGAAGAGAAUCGUUCACUACACCAGCUUUGACCAGAGGAAGAGAUCCAAUGCCGCCGUGCUGAUUGGAGGCUACGCCGUGAUCUACCUGAAGAAAACUCCAGAGGAAGCCUACAGAGCGCUGAUCUCUGGUUCCAACGCCUCCUACCUGCCCUUCAGGGAUGCUUCGUUUGGGAAUUGCACCUUCAACCUCACAGUGCUGGACUGUCUGCAGGGCAUCAGGAAGGCUCUGCAACACGGCUUCUUUGACUUUGAGGCGUUCAACGUGGACGAGUACGAACACUACGAGCGGGUGGAGAAUGGAGAUCUGAACUGGAUCGUCCCGGGGAAGAUCCUGGCCUUCAGUGGACCUCAUCCUAAAACUAAAAUAGAGAACGGUUACCCCCUCCACGCCCCGGAGGCGUACUUCCCAUACUUCAGGAAACACAAUGUGACCACCGUCGUCCGUCUGAACAAGAAGAUCUACGACUCCAAACGCUUCACAGACGCUGGCUUCGACCACUAUGACCUCUUCUUCUUGGAUGGCAGCACGCCCAGUGACAUCAUCACACACCGCUUCCUGCACAUCUGUGAGAGUACAGAGGGAGCAGUGGCUGUCCACUGCAAAGCUGGUCUGGGCAGGACGGGCACUCUGAUUGGCUGUUACCUGAUGAAACACUACCGCUUUACGGCAGGUGAGGGCAUCGCUUGGAUCAGGAUCUGCAGACCAGGCUCUGUGAUUGGACCGCAGCAGAACUUCCUGGAAGAGAAGCAGUCAGCCAUGUGGCUGCUAGGUGACAGCCAGCGUUCACAGAAGACCAAGCUGGAGGAGAGGGUGGUCUCUCACCUCAUCACCAGUAUGGAUGACCUCACUUUAAACCCUGCCCACAACUCAACAAACUCCGCCCACAGUAGCAAUAUGUGCAUAUCCCCGAGCUGCGACCGUCUGACUGAGACUGAGUCGGUGGACAGUGGACCAGCUCUGACUCAGGGAGACAAACUGAGAGCCUUGAAGAGCCGACGUUCCCCCCGCCCUGCCACCACUGGAGCUCUCAGAGUGGAGGAGAUGAAGAUUCACAACAGAUCAGCCUCACAGCCGCUCAGAUUGUCAAUGGGUGUAGGACAAGGCUCUGUCUCCCCCCUCAAGUCCUCCAAAUUCCCAGCAUCCUCUGCUUCUGCUGCAGCCAAGAGGAUUGGAAGAAAUCCAGUGACCUCAGUGUCCAACAUCAGGAGCUCUCGGUUGGCCAGCUCUCUCAGUGAUCUGUACAGUGCAGAUGUGGAGGAGAACACAAACACUGCCUACUCCUCUCUUCCUCCACCAUCCUCCUCCUCCUCUGUGUCUCUCAGCCCCUCCCCCUCCCCCAUGGCCCCGCCCUCUCCGUGUCGCUAUGGUAAUAGUCAUCGUGGGGUGCAGCUUGAGGUCAACAACAACAGCGGCCUCUAUGGGGGCUCUGCAGCCCCUGCUGCAGGCUCCAACUUCGCCCUCAGCAGCAGGCCAGGGCCGCUGGACUUCAGCCCAUACAGGGCCCCGGGGCCCUAUAGCGCUCUGAAGGGCCCGUCAGGACGCUAUCUGAGCCGCUCCAUACCUUCGCUUCAGUCUGAGUACAUCCAGUACUAGAACUACAGAUCUGACCUGAGGACACAUUACCCACAAUCCCACCUGUGCGGGUGCUCAAAGGGAAGCUGAUACAGCAGCAGGAGUUCAGCUCAGUCUGGACUGAAGGGACUCUGAGGCUAACAGCCACUCUGUUCAUACUGUAUGUAAAUAUGAUGUAAUCUACACGCGUGUGCGGCUGAAGCAGCAGAAGAAGAAAUAUUUAGAUAAAGACAACAGAUUUUAUAUUUGUGACAGAAGAAAUAUUUUUGGUUUAAAGAUGAUGAUUUUUUUUAAUAUCUAUCUAUAUACAUAUAUAUAUAUAAACGGAAGGCUCGGCUAACGAUGAGUCUCUCCAUCGUCAUGGUAACAGUAUUUACUCUUCCUGCAGAUGGUCAAUGUUCUCAGACAGAAAACUGAUUCACUUUCUAAUUAACAGCAAUAAUAAUAUUAAUAUUAAGAAGAAGAAGAAGAAGACGGGAUAGACUCAGGGGAUCACAGCUCUGUGUGUGUGUGUGUGUGUGUGUGUGUGUGUGUGUGUUGAGAGGGCGCUACUAUACCGCUAUUGGCCCCGCCCCCUCAGCCUUAAAGUAGUGUCUGAUUGGUUGUCUCGUUGGUCCUGAUGGAAACACGAGUCGUGUGUCACGGAUUCGACGUUUAACUGAGGUCGAUUAAAAAUCUGUUAAUCGCGUCUCAUAAUGAACAAACUGAACAUUAACGCUAGUUUAAUCUCGUUAGCGUUUAGCGAAUUGGUGUCAGCGUUGAACUUAUUCUAAUGCGUUCUGAAGGUGGCACAUGAGAUUUUAAAAAUUAGCACCAAAAGAAUAAUGUCUUGUUUAUCUGAGGGACGAUGAAGGAUCUCAACUGAUUUAAAUAUUUAUUGUCCUUUCACAUUUUUAACAGUUGUUGUCUCGGUAGCGGCCGGUCGUCUCAACACAAACAGCAGCCCUGUGCUUCCUUAUUGUUGCAUCAACAGAAGGAAUCGGGUUAAAUUUGUGUCGAGGGUGCGUUGAUACAGCACUGAAUGUUUUGUGUUUUAGUGGUUGUGGUGUAAAAGGGCCAACGAACUGCAGGAAGCUUGAGCUCAGACGUGUUUUAAAGCAGCAGCUAAAGUUAAAGUUUAGUCUCAGUCUGUACAGCAGCAGGAAACCAAGUGAAAACGAUUUCUGUGCGUCCUAAAACCAAACGGUGACGUUUUUGUUUUGUGUCAGAUGAAACGAACAAAAUCGAAUGAAACACUUUUAAACACUUUAAACUCUGCAGAAAAUCCAAUAAUAUCCUCAUAUCCUCACUGAUUGUCGCCUUGUUAAACGGAGCUUAACUAAAUUAACUAAAUAGAAGUUUAACUUUUUGUUUUCCUUCAGUGAAUCCAAAGAGGCUGAAACGGAGAACAAGGAGAUUUAUAGAAAAUGUUGGGCUGCUCCUUUUAAUGUGACGCCUGCUAAUUUGAAAAUAUUUAAAUUCUUGUUUGCGUCUUUAGGAUCUGACUCUGGCUGUCUGACAGCUGAUUGGCUGUUCUUAAGGCUCUGAUUGGUUGAAACGGCGAUGUUCGGUGUUUUUACGUUUAGAUGAAGGAUAUUUAAUGUCAGCCGGAAAGCGUUUGUAAUGUUCGAGUCUUCUACCUCUGACGACGUCUUCAUGAUGCGUUUCAUACAUGUUAAACACAUGUUACACACACGUCACGGACUCGAAAGCCAUUAAGACAUUCAGGAGGAAACAACAGACUUUUUCAAAAUAAAAGCUCAGACAAAGUAAAUGUUUUGUUCUGUCCUUAAAGGGAAAAUAUUUUUGCUAACAGUUUAGUGACAGAGCGCUGACAUCAGCCUUCAACUUCCUGUGACUCCUCUGAGUCCGUUUACCUGUGAACAGGUGUAACAGUUUGAGCAACAUGAAUGAGUACAUCUGAAGGAUCUGAACUCGCUGAAGUGCCUUAAAGUGUGUUUGACCCAUCUGGAGUUUUUUUCUCCAUGUACGUGUGAACACGGCAGCACAGGGCUUUUAUUUUGAAAUGAAAUCUCCAGCCACACUCAUGAACUCUACUUGUUGUUUCAGUCCUGAAUGUCCUGAUUCUCUAAUUAAUGUUGUAUUGAAAUAUUUUAUGAAUAGAAAAGUUAGAAAAUAACUUGUAGAGUUUUGUUGUAUCUGACAGCAGAAUUUAUCUGAGCAAUAACUGAAAAUAAAAUAAUUAUCCUCCUGAA